AUGCUUCCAGAGCAGAGUACUUCCAGCAGCCCCCCAACUGCCUUCAGUCUGCCAGCCUUGGAUGCUUCAACAAUAGAAUACUUCCAUCAGCCCCCCAACUGCCUUCAGUCCACCACCCUUGGAUGCUUCCGGAAGCAGAGUACUUCCAGCAGCCCCCCAACUGCCUUCAGUCCACCAGCCUUGGAUGCUACGAGAAUAGAGUACUUCCAGCAGCCCCCCAACUGCCUUCAGUCAACCAGCCUUGGAUGCUUCCAGAAACAGAGUACUUCCAGCAGCCCCCCAACCGCCUUCAGUCCACCAACCUUGGAUGCUUCCAGAGUAGAGUACUUCCAGCAGCCCCCCAACUGCCUUCAGUCCACCACCCUUGGAUGCUUCCAGAGUAGAGUACUUCCAGCAGCCCCCACUGUUUCCAGUCCACCAGCCUUAGAUGCUUCCACAGUACAGUACUUCCAGCAGCCCCCUAACUGCCUUCAGUCCACCAGCCUUGGAUGCUUCCAGAGUAGAAGCAGCACUUGGUCUUUCAGUCCACCAGCCUUGGAUGCUUCCAGAGUAGAGUACUUUCCAGCAGCACCCCAAUGCUGCGCCACCAGCCUUGGAUAUUUCCAGAGUAGACGUACUUCCAGAAGCCUCCAACUGCCUUCAAUCACCAUCCUGUGCAUCCAGAGCAGAGUACUUCCAGCUGCCCCCCAACUGCCUUCAGUCCGCCAGCCUUGGAUGCUUCCAAAGCAGAGAUCUUCCAGCAGGCCCCCAACUGCUUUCAGUCCACCAGCCUUGGAUGUUUCAAGAGUAGAGUACUUCCAGCAGCACCCCAACUGCUUGCAGUCCACCAGCCUUGGAUAUUUCCAGAGUAGAGUACUUUCAGCAGCCCCCCAACUCAGCCGAAAUUCAGAGAGAGUCAGCCAGCCAUUGGACUGCUUCCAGCCAGCUUGGAUGCUCCAGAGCCAGAGUACUUCCAGCUGCCCCCCAACUGCCCUUCAGUCCACGAGCCUUGGAUGCUUCCAGAGUAGAGUACUUCCAGUAACCCCCCAACUGCUUUCAGUCCACCAGCCUUGGAUGCUUCCAGAACAGAGUCCUUCCAGCAGCCCCCCAACUGCCUUCAGUCCACCACCCUUGGAUGCUUCCAGAGCUGAAGUAGAGUACUUCCAGCAGACCCCCAACUGCUUUCAGUCCACCAGCCUUGGAUGCUUCCAGAACAGAGUCCUUCCAGCAGCCCCCCAACUGCCUUCAGUCCACCACCCUUGGAUGCUUCCAGAGCUGAAGCAGAGUACUUCCAGCAGCCCCCCAACUGCCUUCAGUCCACCAGCCUUGGAUGCUUCCAAAGCAGAGAUCUUCCAACAGCCCCCCAACUGCCUUCAGUCCACCAGCCUUGGAUGCUUCCAGAAUCAGAGUACUUCCAGCAGCCCCCCAACUGCCUUCAGUCCACCACCCUUAAUUGCUUCUGGAGCUGAGUACUUCCAGCAGCCCCCCAACUGCCUUCAUUCCACCAGCCUUGGAUGCUUCCCGAGUAGAGUACUUCCAGCAGCCCCCCAACUGCCUUCAGUCCACCAGCCUUGGAUGCUUCCCGACCCCCCAACUGCCUUCAGUCCACCAGCCUUGGAUGAUUCCAGAGCAGAGUACUUCUGGCAGCCCCCCAACUGCCUUCAGUCCACCAGCCUUGGAUGCUUCCAGAGCAGAGUUCUUACAGGAGCCCCGCCACUGCCUUCACUCCACCAGUCUUGGAUGAUUCCAGAGCAGAGUACUUCUGGCAGCCCUCCAACUGCCAUCAGUCCACCAGCCAUGGAUGCUUCCAGAUCAGAAGUAGAGUACUUCCAGCAGCCCCCAACUGCCUUUAGUCCACCAUCCUUGUAUGCUUCCAGAGCAGAGUACUUCCUGCAGCCCCCCAACUGCCUCAGUUCACCAGCCUUGCACGCUUCCACAAUAGAGUACUUCCAGCAGCCCCCCAACUGCCUUCAGUCCACCACCCUUGGAUGCUUCCAGACAGAGUACUUCCAGCAGCCCCCCAACUGCCUUCAGUACACCAGCCUUGGAUGCUUCCAGAGUAGAGUUCUUCCAGUAGCCCCCCCAACUGCUUCCACUGUCAGUCCACCAGCCUUGGAUGCUUCCAGAGCAGAGUACUUCCAGCAGCCCCCCAACUGCCUUCAGUCCACCAGCCUUGGAUGCUUCCAGAGUAGAGUCUUUUUUCCUUCUUUUGAGAUCAUUUAA